UCUCGGCGCUCGGCUCCUGUACAUACACUCGUCUCGACCGUAGUCCAACGAUCGACGUGCCGUUGAAAACACGGGCACGAUUAUACUCUCGCUCGCAACGAGUAUAAUUAAUAUAAGUUUGAAAAUCCUCGCGCGCUCCCCACGAUGGUCGUCAAUCGCCGCGUCUCCAACGUACGCGGAUCCAGCAGCGGCCCCCCCGUCGACAAAGUCGUCGACCUGCGCAACUUGCGCUUCGUCCGGAAGUACGUCGACUUCGCGAGCAAACAGGACCGACGAAAACUGCUCCGCGAGCUGUAUCGCGUGGCCAGAACCUGGGACUCGGACGCCGCGUUACCGAAUCUGCGCGAGUACUUUCGGCCCGAGGAGAUGGAGCUGCUGCUCGUGGACUCGUGCGAUUACCACGGCGAGCAGCCGGGCCGAAUCAACGGCAGGGAUCAAUUCUUGAGGUUCGUGAUCGCGAGCGGCUACAGGGACGAGCAGCCGGCCACGACGAUGAAAUCGCCGCUGCUGCGCACCACCGCCGUGCACGUGGCGGCUCGACGCGGCAUGGCCCACUACUGCGCCGAUCUCUUCGGCAUCUACGACAGGUGCGAUCUGAAUUACCGGGACGAGCGCGGCCUGACGCACUUUCACGCGGCCUGCAUGGCGGGCGCCGACAAGAUCGUCGCCGAGUUCCUGGACCUCGGCGAGGAUCCGAACCAGGCGUGGCCGAGGACGGGCGACGCGCCGCUGCACCUGGCCCUGGCCAAUCGUCAGUGGGAGGUGGCCCGGCUGCUGCUCGCGAGGGGCGCCGAGCCCGCCAAGACCAAUCGGGCCGGCUCGACGCCGCUGCACGUACUGGUCAACGAGUCGCUGCACACGGACGAGAUUGCCGAGCUGCUGCUGGCCACGGGCGAGAGAUCGGGCAAGCCCGUGCCGAUCGACGCCAAGGACAAGCUCGGCAGGACCCCGCUGCAGCUGGCCCUGUUUCACGGCGCCAAGGGCACGAUGGAGCUGCUGCUCAGGCGGGGCGCAGAUCCGAAUCUGGUGCGGCUCGAUGGAGCGAGCCCGCUGCACGUCGUGUGCGCGAGGAGCUUCGACGACCUGGCCGAGUCGUUCUUCGGCGUCUGCGACGAGCUCGGCCGGGGCGUCGAGGUGAUGGCGCAGGACCGACUGGGCAGGACGCCGCUGCACUGGGCGCUGGCGCGCGGCCUGAGGAAGACCUGCCGCGCGCUGAUGAGCCGGGGCGCCGAUACGAGCAGGCGCGACGAGAACGGCUCCAGUCCGCUGCACGUGAUCUGCAAGAGAGACCAGGACGACGAGCUGGUGGAUCUAUUCUUCGAGCUCUGCGACGAGAGAAAGGAGCGGCUGGACAUCGACGCCUUGGACAAGUUUGGCCGGACGCCUCUCCAGUGGGCCGUAGCGAGUCUCCUGCCGCACGUCGUCUACGUGCUCCUGAAACGCGGCGCCGAUCUGUCCAAAUUCCGUUUCCCCAGCGAGCAGCACUUCGACGAGCGCGUCGACUCCUACAGAAGCCCGAAAGGCAGCCAAUUCGAGAUGCGAGUGAUAUCCGGCGUGUUCGGGGUCGUGCAGCGUCUGAAGAAUCGCGACUACGCGCUUAGACCCGACGACUCGAUGACGAUCAUGAGGCUGCUGGCCAAGCGCGGAAUGUUGGCAAGAAGCAGCGGUACGCCGAGCUUCGAGGAAGUUUAUCGCGGCGAUCAGGAGCUGGCCACGCACACGAGACGCAUCAAGGUGCGGCUGAAUCUCACGCUGCACGACCUGCUGAGGCUGCCGCUGCACGAGGCCGCGAGGAUAUUCACGUACACGGAUUUCUGGACCAAGCGACGACUGACCAGUCGUGCUUUGAGCCAGGAGGAGGCGGGUCGCGAGCUGAUCGAGGCGAGGAUGGCAGCGAUGCUCGUGCGAAAAUUCGUCCUGCCGCUGGCAGCGGAGGCCGUCUGCGAGACGCUGGGCUACGCGCUGCCGCUCGAGUGCUGCGAAAAAGUCUGCGAGAGCCUGAGCACACAGGAUAUGUGGAACGCGUGCUUGGCCACCGAUCAGGCCAAGGAUGCAAGGCACGGCACGUAAAUAAAUAAAUAAUUAGUCGUUAACGAGUAUCCCUUGAAAGAAAAAACAUAUUUCGUAUGCGUACGAAUUUUCAAUUGUAAACUCAAAGUUUGAGAUUUCGAUACAUACUUUGGAUGAGUAUGUACAUCGUAGCGAUGAAAUAAUUUUACAAAAAUGAGAGACUUUUUGUGUCUAAUGUAAUUGUGUAGAUUUUUUACGCGUCAUCUGAAAUUUGUAAAUAAAUAAAAAAAAUGAAUCGUACUCACGAUAAAUUGAUAACUGAA